GUUACUUUCUCCUGCAAUAGUGAAUCGUGUGGAUGUCCCUACAACAUGGAAUACAACAGUUGCACUGCAACGUGUGUGCCAAGUAAGAGACAUUCAGCGAUACUUGAAUCAGGAGCGAAACGAUAAAGUUAGAUACAUGUUUUAUAUGGCAAAAAAAGGGAAAUCUGAAUUUUUAAGACAAAGAACAACCGUUAAAAAAGUUUCUAUAAAUCUUAUCAAAUGUAAUAUUGAGCUAUAAAAAUCUUGUGUUUAAAUCCCUUAUAAAAUAUAAUAUCGAGUUACGGGUUGAAGCUAAACAAAAAUUGACAAAUAAAAAAAUGUAUACAAGUAAUGCACUAUAUAAGAAUCACAAUUAGACCUCAACCCCCCCCCCCCAUCAUAUUUCCUUCUUAUGUCCCCAUUGAAAAGGUGUGAUAAAGUUUUUAGGGGAGGGGGAGUUGGGCUAGGUUUCUGGGGAUAAACAUCAAUUGUAAAAAUGUGGUUUUGUCAACGGCAACGAGUCUAUGUGCUAAGUAGGGGGGGGGGGGGUCGGGCUUGGUUUUUGGGGCUAAUCAUCAAUUGUAAAAAUGUGGUUUUGUCAACGGCAACGAGCCUAUGUGCAAAGUCUCUGCACAAUAUAAAGAUGGGAAGUAGGUCAACGGCAAUGAGUCUAUGUGCAAAGUCUCUGCACAAUAUAAUGACGGGAAGUAGGUCAAGUAGGAAAGCCCCAGUAGCCACAAAAAACGUAAUUUAGUAAACAACCCAUAAAAAAGACGUUUUGUUAAAAAAAAAAAAAUCAUUAAUGAAAUGUUAUAUCGAGCAAAAAAUUUGGGUGAAGGGAGGGGCUGAACAGUUGACAACACAUACAAACAAGUAGUGAACUUUAUAGGAAUACCAACUAGAGCUCCCCUAAGGCUCACAACCGCACAUUCAUUUCCACCCGGUCCCCUUUGAACUAUAUUACUACUCUAAUGACCCGCCCGCUUUUACACAGCUGAUUUAUUGCAUCCACAAAAACAACGAACAAAUGUUACGCAUGAAAGGAUCUUGAUUUGUUUUUUUUCCUUUUUUUAAAAAUGUAUUUGUUAGCACUAUAACAAGGAAUUGUAUUUUAUCUUCAUUUUGAAAAUCACGGUAAAGUGAUUAUAGGUGAUUGGGUUAGGGAGGUGGAUGUAAAAAAAAGUGACACAAUGUGUUGUCAUUGGUACUGAGUCUAUGUGCCAAGUUCACUUGGAUCGGUUGACGAGAAGUGGGUCAAAUAGCCAUCCAAAUAAUUUGCAACAUAAUAACAAAAGCAAAUUUAAAAUUAAGUAUUUAUGAAACAGACGACUUACAAAAUGAAUACAUUUUGGAAUUUUUCAAUAAAACACGUUGCACUCGUUUUAUACAGAUCGAAUUUAUGAUUUCAGAAAACCACGGCUAUUAAAUUUCACUUUGCAAGUUUAAAAAUCUCAAAGAAAAUUCAUUUUGAAAUUUCAAAGUUUGCUGAAAGUAUGAUAAAGAUUAAGUAAAAGUAUUACUAAAGAUAGUGAAAACGUCUCUGUAUUUUGAAUUUAAACAAGUGGGCAAAUUGAAUGAAACAAGUCUUCUAAGGCAUAUCAAGAGGCUGAAAGAAAAACUUGAAAUCUCUUAGAGUAUAAAGUAUAGAGAAUUCGAGACGCGAUCAUCAGCUUAUGAUCGUAUCAGUGUUAUCUUCAUUUCAAACAUGUUACCUACAAUUCAAACACAAUUUUUAUAAGAUUUUUUUAUUAAACCGUAUACACGCUACACGCAAAAAAAAAACAAGUUUCAAUACAUUUUCAAAGGCACGACAAGACAGCUUCAUAACUUAGUUGCAUGCUAAUAAUUAUUCGAUUAGCAGCAAACAUUCGUUGAAAUCAUUAGGUGUUGCUCUUUGUUGAACGUUCCUAUUGUUACAAAAAAUAAAUAAAUAUAUUAUUUUAUUUUUAAAAAUUAAAAUAGCUACCUCUUUUAAACAUGUAACAUUCCUCUCUUAUUGACUAAAAAACUAAGAAAUGUAUUACUUCGACAUACACGAUAGAUGGUUUAAUAAUUUAGUACUGUAAAAUAUAGCUAAACAAAGCACAUAUUUCUAUAAAUAGAUAAAAAGAAAUCGAUCGUAUUACACUCAAAAAAAAAAAUUAACAACGCUUGGUCGUAAUUUAUUACAGAUUUACAUGUUUUACAAUCAUCGUGUCCACACAUUUGUAUCAAUAAGUUAUCAAAUGCAAAAGUAGCUAUAAAUAGCAUAAUAUUACUCUCAGUGGGUAGAUAAUUAUGAAAUUGGUAAGCUAACAUCUACAAUGUAAAAUAUAUUUUUUUAGAUAUCUGUAAAUUUGUAUGUGUGAUAUAUUUCAUAAUUCUUUUAGCAUAUAUGUAUCUGGAACUUUACAAAAGUUAAUAAAGGAGCUAUUUAAAAUUCAAAACAUUUGUAUGUAUUGUUCUCUCCGCAAUGCUUGAGAGGGCUGUUUGCCAGUUUGUAUCUUCUCUUUGUACCACAUUUUCGGCAGUGUUGCAACAAUUUAGCCUAACAUAAAGUUAAAUAAAGGAAUACAAAAAAAAUAAAUUAUUGUAAUGAAUCAAAUAUAAUUGAAGAACGGCGAGCCUUGCCCUAGGCUGGGGUACCGCACUGUAUGAAACCAUUUUAAUAAUAAUACCAAAUUUUAGACGUAUUUUUAAAGUAAAACCACCUGUUUUUUUUUAUUAUAAUGUAUGGAAAUAAAUGUUUUAGAAUAUGUAACAGUGUCAAUGAUUGUAUCAGGGGAACCACUACCUCUUAUCACUGUGCAGAUCUGUUCAAACGGUUCUCUCUCGCUCCUUCUCUGGAUGUUUAUGGCUGCUCUCUCUCUCUCUCUCUCGCUUUAUCCCUUUCUAUCGCUGCCUGGAGCUAAAUUAACCCAAUUAUGUUAGAGUCACAUGUUUAACUUUUAAAUGUUUAUUUUAGGAUUUGAUACCACCAUAGCAUCAGGAUCGGGAUAUCUGGUCAGCCCAAACUACCCCAACUAUUAUAGCAGCAACGUGUUCUACACUUGGACAUUUCGUGUACCACAAGGCAAAAUCAUUACAUUUGGGUAACUCUUCUUUUAAACGUUUUCAAAUAGUUGUAGAUAUGUCAGUUUUAUUUUAAAUAUGUAUACAUUUAAUUUUUUAAAUAAAAUAAUCCAAUUAGAUGUUAUUUUAUCCAUGACUUAUCAAAAUUUGACAAUAUGUAUGAAACAUUUACAUUAUUGGUCUAUAGUUUAUAAGUGAUUAUUUAGAACAAUAAAUACAACCAAGAAAAGGACGUGGUAGUGGGUCGGAGCAUACCCCUGCUCAGAUUAAGCCCGAGUAUGGAGUGUUUGUACAGUUAUGGCGGCAAACAACGGAAUAAAAUAAUAUUGUUACUUAAUUGGCACUCUCAUAUGGAUUAACUAAAACAUCUGCUGCCUCAGUCCUUGAAGAAAUAAAUGCUUAGCUGCAGAAACAAUUUGAUUAACUCCACUUUAUAUUGUCUGAAGGGGACUGAUCGUAUUUAUCAGCCUCAGCUCCAUCAUUUUAAGGGAACUGGGUAUUAGAGCCUUCUUGCAGAUUUGGGGAUUAUGAGAAAAAUGUUUGACAUGUUGGUGACCGUAAUUAUCAUUCUGUUCCAGAAAUAAUGGUCCGAUCUUUUGGAUAAGGUUUUAUCUCUGUCAAAUAGCCAUCUGACAUCAAAUGGUGUUGGCAGAUUUUUAGGAUAUUUAGAAGUCGGCUUUAAGUCAGAACCUAUUUCCAACCCUUUCUAUACCCAUUAUGAAUUCCUCCUUUUUCUCGAUAUUAUUUAGCUUUUUUUCACAAAAAAGUGACUUUGAAUUCAUAUGAUUCUCUUGCGGAAGUUAGUCCAUCCACAAGGCGUUAUGUGUCUAUUUUUGUAGCACAUAAUUGUAAAAAAAUCUCGUCAUACCUAUGAUCUUCUAUAGUUAUAAAAUUGACGCAAGAUUGUUAACUGGGUAUUUGGGGGGAAAGAAACUAGCUAUGUAAACGUGAAAUGCGAUAAGAUAGUAUAAGCAUCACGUAUAAAAGUGAUUUUGGUGGAUAGAAAUAAAUAGACACUACGGGAAUGUUUUUAUUGCAUAGAGAUUUAAAAGUCUACGAAUCAUCCAUUUUCAUAUGUGUGAAAGUAACAAACAAAUCAGUUAUUAAUCAAGUGGAUUAAACACAUAAAUAGUUGGGUUUUUUUUAAUUUAUAAAACAACACUACUGGUGGGUAAAAACUAAAACUCAAUAAUUGGCAUAAUCACAACCAGGUCAUGUGAAAAUAAGUUUCCACGAGAAUUUAAAAAAAAAUAUCAUACGUAAUAACAAUCAAUUAUCUUUGAUGAGCUGAUUAAUUCGUGGAUGGGAUUUUAAAAAAAAGAACAAAAGUUCAAUCCCCCAGGGCCAAAACUACAGCUCCGGCGAUACUCAAUCUUUUACUACACAUUGUCUACAACGUUAGAUGGGUAUAAGUCUGGCCUGGAUAUGUUUAGGCUAGCCAUUGUGGUUAUAGUCUAGUUUAGAUGUGUAUAGACUGGUCUAGAUGGGUAUAGUAUAGUCUAUAUGUGUAUAGUCUGGUGUAGAUGGGUAUAGCCUAGUCUAGAUGUGUAUAGUCUGGUCUAGAAGGGUAUAGUGUGAUCUAGAUGGCAAUAGUCUGGUCAAGAUGGAUAUAGUCUUGUCCAGAUGGGUAUAAUCUAGUCUAGAUGGGUAAAGUCUGAUUCAGAUGUGUACAGUCUGGUCUAGAAGGAUAUAGUCUGAUCUAGAUGGCAAUAGCUACUUAUUAUGAAACUCAAUGCAUACACUAAAUGCUUAGGUUGAAAGAAAAGUAACUGUUUAAUGUUUGAAUGAUAUAUAAAUCUAAAUUUUAUUUUCUGACCCAAUACAAAUGGCCACGAAAAGAACUUGUAUAUACAGUUGUUGUUGAUGUUUGCAUACCUCUGUUUUUUUUCUUCAGAGUUUUUGAAACAUAUUUGGAAAGUCAAACGAGCUGUGAAUUUGAUUACAUCGCUAUUUACAAUGGCGGCAGCAGCAACUCUCCUUUGCUUUACAAAAAUUGUAAUCAAAACGAUACAUCUUACAGAGCAUUCAAAUCUACAGGAAACUACAUGUACAUUGUCUUUAAGACUGAUGGCUCUAACGAGAACAGAGGUUUCCUUGCAAGCUAUUACAUUCAAGGUAAAUAACCGACGUGUUAUUAGCUACAUUGUGCAUAUUUGUUUGAUGCAUUUUCGGCUUUACAUUUCUUUCCAUUAUGUUAAAAAAAAAAAGUUUAAGACCGAACGAAACUAUUCUCACGUUGAUCUAGUAAUACAACAAUUGUGCAUAUAGAUUACAAAAAGGAAUUUUUUUCUAACAGCUGCUGGAGAAAUAAAUGAAGCAUUGAAUAGUUAUUGUAACCACCACUACUAAUCUUAUAGAUAUCAGGGUGUUCAAGAGGAAACAGAGUACUAGUACAUGAACACUCCUGUGUAAUGAAUAUUAAGAAUAUCUUAAACUAUUUUUUUUAUAUUUUAAAUGGGAGAAAAAACAUGUUGUAAUUAUUUAAAAGUAAAGGAAUUAUGUUGAUGAGAUUGUCAAAGAUGCCAUCGACACCCUAGAAUGAUAUCCGUCAUUGUGAAACUUCGUCCUCUUUCAAAAAGUCCCUUAAAACCCAUCUGUUUCGGUCCGCCUAUGACCUGUGAUGCACCCUUCUUGCCCUGCCUCAUUUUCUGUCUCGUGUUGAUCCUGUAGUAUAGGCCAAAACGUGCCAAAGUGUCCUCGUUUUAUAGCCAUUAAAAAUUGUCUCUAUAGCAUAGUAGUUACUAUCCUAGUGUCUCAUUUUUAUUUUAAUUAGUUUACAUGUUUUAAAUAAUUGUAAAGCGCUUAGAGCUUUAAGGUAAGCGCUAUAUAAAAAUGCCUAAAUAAAUAAAUAUUAGAGUUAACGAUAUGGAACAUCGUUGGAAAAUCGUUAGACCUUGGAAAAUGAACUGUCUGCAACGCAUGAAAAUAAAAGUUAGUGCUCGCCUUUUAUUCUCUCUAGACUUCAAUACAGCACUGACAGCAGAAAAUGGAAAGAUUGUUAGUCCAAACUAUCCUGGUAAUUACGAUAAUAAUGUCUUCAGUUAUUGGCGUGUUCGAGGGCAACAGAACAGCUACAUCACAUUCAGGUAUACAAUCCAUUUAUUUAAUUGAUACUUAACUAUGCAUGAAUUAGUGACUGGCAUGCACAAUUGGAUGAAAUAAAUUCUAUUUUUAGAAAUUUAAUGAAAUGUAAACCCAAGACCAAAAGUAUAAGAUUACAACAGUGUGGAAACUUAUAGUUUAAUACUUAAUUACACUUACAAAAUAUUAUGUUUCAAGCAUUUUGUUGUAAUGGAUUUGUGCAUUGAAAAACUAAAUCCUAACAACAAUAAACGAAUCAAAUUAUGUAUACUGACAUUAUUUCCAUUGAUAAUUUCAGUCUAUAUGAGACGGACUUUGAGUACUCGUCUCCUUGUUCCUUAGAUUACGUUGCAUUGUAUGACGGUGAGUCUGACAGCUCACCAAUCAUCCACAAAACAUGUAACCAGAACGACUCGACGUCAAGAACGUUUGUAUCUACAAGGAAUACGAUGUAUAUAGUCUUUAAAACAGAUGGUUCUGUUACACGCAGAGGAUUUCUUGGCUACUACCAGAUUCGAUGUACGAAUAAUGACGUAACAUUGUGCUUUGUUGUUUGUCAAACGUCAAGAUUCAUUUAGCAUGAAUGAAUACCCUCAAAAGAAUAUUAAUUUUGCAUUGAUAUUAUCCAACUUAUUGCAUUCAUAUUUUAACAAAUUUAUAUAUAUAUAUAUAUAUAUAUAUAUAUAUAUAUAUAUAUAUAUAUAUGUGUGUGUGUGUGUGUAUUAUAUAUAUAUUUAUAUAUAUAUAUAUAUAUAUAUAUAUAUAUAUAUAAAUAUAUAUAUGUGUGUGUGUGUGUUGGUGUGUGUGAUGACGAUCCAUUUAUCCAAUUGCGUUUUCUUCUUUCUUUUGAUAUGCAAACUUUCGAAAAGAAACAACAUUUUUCAAGUCCUAUUUUUUUGCUAACAGCGUACAACUCUACCAUAUCCCAAAUGAUUGGCACCAUUGCUAAUCCAGGUUAUUCUGUAAAAUACCCGACACCUUCCUAUUAUUCAUGGACACUUGUUGGUGGGAAUGAAGUCGUCACUGUGAGGUAAAAGAAAUCAGUUUGUGUUUUUUGCUAUUUCAAUUUUUUUAAAAUUUAUUUCAAAGGCACGAUGGGAAAUAAUUUAAUUUAAAGAAAAUCUUAAGAAUGAAAUGUUACUGGUUCAAAUCACAAAAUCAGACAUAAUGUGCGAAAAAAUAUAUCGUUUAUUAAUAGAUGCUUAUCAAAUAUAUUUUUAAAAAAAUAUAUAUUUUUAUGAAAAAUGCAAGUUUUCCGAGCCACUGCAAGUUGCACUCAUCCUAGCUUUGCUUCUGAUUGUUAUGUAAUUAUUUUGGUAAUGACUUUCUCGUUUUGCAACAACAAAAAAAAAGUUUUAUACACACACAGCUAUACAUAUCACAUUUCAAAGUAGAAUGAUAACAAAAAGGCUAGGGAAUUGAAAAAAGAAAAGAAAUAAAAACAUAAAUGUUUGGCCUACAACGGUCGCUAAUUAACUUUGGCUUAUGCAAUUUGGUAUGUUUAAUUUUGUAACGUUUAAUACAUCCCUUUAGAUUCGCUCAUCUCUCGAUAAUCCUGUUUGGAAAUAGUGAUCACCUAAUUCAUUUAUUUCAGAUUCUUUCUUCAAAUGAAAGGAUUUCCAGACUGUAAAGAUGCUGUACUUCGUGUGUACGACGGUGGAAACACGAGCGCCAGAUUGAUUUCACAAUAUUGCCAGUCCAAUUUUUCAGCCAAUCUAACAUCAACAACUAGUUUGAUGCACAUUGUUUUUAAAACAAACAACAGUUCUUUGGUUUACCCAGGAUUUAAUGCAUCUUUUGUCGUCAAAGGUGAGUUAGUCAUGAACAAAUUUGGUACUUCAUUUUAAACAAAUCGAAUUAAAAAUAUAUUUCUGAUUUAAAAAAAAAAAAAAAAAAAAAAAUUAUGUCAUUUUAAAAUAAUAUUUCCGAUUUAAAAUAAUAUGUCCAUUUUUAAAAUAAUAUAUCCGUAUUUUAAAUAAUAUAAACGAUUUUAUUUUGCAUUUAGAAAACAAUACAACAAAAGGCUGAUCUUUACAAUGGAUGCAAAUAUUUAAAGCAUAAAUUAAGGGCUCAUUCAAAUUAUUUGCUUUCCAUGCCAUUUUUUUUUUUUAAAACAAUGUUUUAUUUUAAAGUUGAAUCGUAUUAGAUACACAGGUAAAAUAGUUUUAGAAUGCCCUAAAGAAGCAUCCAGGUAACAGUAUAAAUAUAAAUUACUAUAUGUUUAUUUUAAAUGAUAUAAGGUCGACCAAAAGACAGCACCUGCUCUUCUGACUCUGUUUGCAAUCCACUUUUAACAUGCGUGGACGGGAUCUGUGGUUGUUCAUCUAACAGAUUUUAUAAUGCUUCAUUGGGCACGUGUGAUAAACGUAAGUUUCUUUUGUUUACUAAAGACGCAAUACAUUUAGUAGUAGUAUGUGGAUUAUUUUGAGACAACUUGUGUACAUGCAUUAAUAUUUGCUGGUUUCCAAGACACUAGUCGCAGAUACACACACGAACAUUUUUUUUUUAAGGUAAAAGAAAAAGAUAAAAAAUAAGAAGCACUAAUUAUAGAUUUCAAAUGAAUUAGUAAAAUGACAGAAUGGACUCGAAACUUGGUUAAAUAUAUUAAAGAUCAAAUAACGUAUUUGAAUAUGAAUAGAUUCAUAGAGCAUGAUAACAAUUUGACAUAAGCAUUAAUAUACACAUUUCUAGGCCCAACCUAGUCUAGUAUGAAGUAUUAUGUCUUAGCAUUUUUGUUUUUUUUCAGCAGCUUUCUUCAAUAAUUCUUUCAAUAAUUGAUUGUUUAUUCUUUAUUAAGAAACAUCAUAAAUUCAUAAAAAAUAAAGAUAUCAAAUAAAAUUAUUUUUAAAAAAAUAAUAAUUUAAAUACCUUAGAUUAAUACUGGGAUCUACAAAAUGGGACAGAAACAUAAAUUCCAAUUUUGUUACGUUUCGUCAAGUGAAAAAAGUCCAACAAAUGCAAAAUAUAUACAUAAGAAGUGAAACAGAAUUGUAUCAAAUGACAUAACAUGCUACACAUUAGUCGUUAGAUGUUAUAUGACACAUUGUAAUCCCAGUAUGAAGCAUCUUAAACGGAUUUAUAACAUUUAACAUGCUAAAAUGUAAUUUGAAAGUUUCUUUUCAUGCUCUAAACUUGUUAUUUCAGUGCUGGGCCACGGAAUGAAAUGUUUACCCUUCGUUGCCAGGAUAUGUGAACAUUUAGACUUUGUAUGUAAACCAGACGUGUCACAUACACAUAGAUGCCUGUGUGAAGAUGUUAUGUUCUUCGAACGAGGACAGUGCUCACCAAGUGAGAUUUUUCGUUUGGACUAAAUUGUAGAUUAUAUCUAUUGACAAAGUGACAACAUAGUUAAGUAUAUCAUUUUGAACAAAUAUCUUUGUCCUUAGAACAUGACAUAAUAAGCAGUCAUUGUUUUUUUAUUUAACAAUAAUCCCUAUUUCUUGAGUUGUUUACUGUGCUCUGUUCUUUGUGAAAUAUUUACGUGCCCUGUGCGCAGGAAAAGAAGGCCUUAUGCUCAAACGUCCUGAUCGUUUUUUCCUGUUCUCUAAUUCAAGCUUCCACAAACCUCGUUUUGCAAUUUCAUUGUUUAAUUAAGUUGAUGGCUAUAAGUCGAUGCUAAAGGUUGAUUUUGCCGUUAGUUUCAGAUUUACGAGUUACAUUUUCCAACUCGACUCAGAUUUCAUCGAAUGAAGUUAAACUAAUGUGGACAAUAGAAACAUUGGCUGCGAACGUCACCUAUAAUCUCACUUGGGUGGCAAGUAACGAUAUUCUAGAAACAGGAAACAUGAUGGCCACUUCUGAUGGGGCCAAUGUAACUGGUCUGAAACCUGGACACACAUACAAUUUCACCGUGUUGACGAUUUUAGGACCAGACUUGUUCUAUGGGCAAACGAUUGUGAGAACACAUAAAACACUUCAGACAGGUAUUUUUUAUCACAAUUUUAAAUUAUAAAAUAAAAUAUCUUUUUUUUAAAAAGGAAAAAAAAAACUAUGUCUCUAACCCCUUUAAUAACACAGGUUGCAAACUUUUGCAGCAAUAAUUGAUUAAAACGAAAAAAAAAUUAACCAACAUUAAAUAUAAAGGCAAUUUUUAAGACAUAAUUCAAUGCUCUUAUAAGGUCGAUGUAUCCUAACAAAUAUUAAUGUCGCCUGUAUAAAAUAUAAAAAUUAAAUGUCACAUUUCCGAUAUUCUUUUUUUAAAUUUUAGAUAUGAUCUUUUUUCCGGAAAAAAAGAAAUACUGUCCUUUUUAUUAUAUUUUUUACAAAGUAUUUUGUCAGAUCUAUAGAAUGCCAUGCAAGCCUUGGUUAAUCUGCUGGUAAACUUUUUAAUUUUCAAUCUGUGUAGCAAUGGAAUAAUAAAAAUAAAUAGAACAAAGAGUUUAAUGUGUUUAGUCGUACAAAUGACGUCACUACUUCGGUGAUGUAAAAUUCAAAUUAAAUAAACUUUAACUAUAAUGCUUUUAACUUUAGAUAAUUUUGUCUAAAUUGUAUGUUCUUUAUCUCAGUUAACUGUUUAAGUUAUUCCUAAUGGAGUAGUAUAUGCGCUACUUGUAAUGUGUUUAGUAGAAAAAUUGAAGAUAUUUUGAAACAUCUGUUUGGAAUCAUAUUUAAACAUUAUUAAAUCGAUAACCAACAGAGACUACAGGUAGAUUUUGAAAAAAACAAAUCAAUUUUUAAGGCUUUAUUUUAAGAUUUAACCAUUAAGCUUUAAAAUAUUGUUGUUUUUUAUAUUUUAUCAAUGCUGUAACAUCUACCAUACGCAUUAGAGUGUUAGACUACUCGGAAAAAAUUGCGUACAUUUCUUUCUUUUCCGUGAUUUUUUACUGAAAAAGUGGCAGUUACGCUUUAUACUUUAUUCUUUUAACUUUCUCAGAUGGUCAGGCUGUUUUAUGUAUGUUUUUCACAAAUCUUGUUAAUCGGUGUUACGAACAAAAACGUAUCUGGUUUGUUAGUUUCGUUGUAUGGGGGUUACGAUCACUUAACAAACCAUUGAAUUAAGAGACGAACGUAUCUUUAUUAACUGUACAAGUCUAUUACUAAACUUUAUUGAUAAAAUCGUUCCUGAUACUUGCGCCAUAGACUCAAUCACAGCACACUACACCAUAAUACGUCAUUUCCCCUUCAGUAAAGUACUUAUCAACAACCGAGGAAAUUAGAGCAACAUCUACCCAAAUACUCUCCAAACAAACACACAAUCACACAAUAAAUACAAGUCCUUAACAAUCGGCACUGAGGUGUGUGUGGAAAUUUUAUUUUCCUUUAACAACCAGGUAUUAUCAAAGUUUUACUCUUCAAGAUAUUUACCAAUAUUGUAUUUCCAUUUAUGUACAAGAUAAGUACCUUAACCCAGCGUUUUCCAAACUUUUAAGUUUCAUGGACCGGUGGACAAGUUUUGAAAUUGCACCAGGGACCAUGUGCCAGAUUUAUUAAUUGCAUUUUCUUUCUAUUUAAGCAUCAAUAUUGAUGCUCUCUGUACCGGUAACGUAAGGCUCGCGGACCGUGACGGUCCACGGACCACCGUUUGGGGAACGCUGCCUUAAACAAUACGUAAGGCUUAUUCAAAAUAUUAAAAAAAGGCAAUGUACCAUAGAACAUCUCAUUUUUCUCACAUGUUUUAUUGGUAUUAUUUCUGUUUAUGCCUUGAAAUGUACUCUUCUCUAUCAAACUAGUUAUAUAACUUAAAAUGUUUGAUGCUCCAAUAAACUAUAGUUUUAUAGGUUCGUUUUGCCUUCACAAAAUGAGAAAAGCGCUUAAUGCAUCGCAAUACGGAUGUAGUCAAACAGAUGAAUGUAUUUAUAGAGAUUGUUACUAGUAAACAGGAUACAAAUAAACUUGAUAGCACUUCCAUUAAAUAGCUGACACAGUUAGCAAUGGCUAUGUAUUUAUGAAGUGUCUCAGUGGUGUUAUUAUUAAAUAUAGCAGGAUUAGACGUUAAACCGAAACAGUAUUAAUAUUUACUUUUAAGUGGUGUACUUGUGUCAGAAAUAUAGUGAGCAGAUCUGGAGGAUAAAAUAAAAGUGUUUUUUUUCCCUUAUAUUAACAUUCAGUUAAAGACUUCCUGGUCCCUUAAGUUUAUUAAUAGUUUUUUGGGGUUUUUUUUUUACUUUAAACAUUAACUUAAAUAAUUUUCCUUUUUUUCGUGCAAUCUAUUCCUUUUUUUUCGUGCAAUCUAUUCCUUUUUUCAAAAUGUUCAACGUUUUGUUGUUGUUUCUUUAUCCCCAUAGUAAAUUAGAACCCAUGUCAAAAUAUUACUGGAAACUGAAUUUUUAUUAAUCUCUUCUUUUUUUUUUUUAUCUGUUAAUGUUUUUUCUAUUGGAAGCUUUCAGCAGAAACGAUUUUGUCAUUAUCCGUGUGUUGAUAUUUAUGUUGUCAUACAGACUGCUAUGGUAUUUUAUUUGACAAGGAUUAAAAGAAGUUUCUGACCAUUUAUUUCACAGGGAUUAAAGGAAUUUUCUGACUAUUUAUUUCACAGGGAUUAAAGAAGUCUCUGACCAUUUAUUCCACAGUGAUUAAAGGAAUUCCCUGACCAUUUAUUUCACAUAGAUUAAAGGAAUUUUUUUACUAUUUAUUUCAUAUGGAUAAAAGGAAGUCUCUGACCAUUUCUUUCACAGGGAUUAAAGGAAGUAUCUGACCAUUUCUUUCACAGGGAUUAAAGGAAGUCUCUGACCAUUUCUUUCACAGAGAUUAAAAUGAAGUCUCUGAAAAUUUAUUUUACAGGGAUUAAAGGAAGUCUCUGACCAUUUAUUUUACAGGGAUUAAAGGAAGUUUCUGACCAUUUCUAUCACAGGGAUCAAAGGAAGUCUCUGACCAUUUAUUUCAAGGGGAUUAAAGAAAGUCUCUGACCAUUUAUUUUACACGGAUUAAAGGAAGUCUCUGACCAUUUAUUUCACAGGGAUUAAAAGAAUUUUCUGACCAUUUCUAUCACAGUGAUUAAAGGAAGUCUCUGACCAUUUAUUGCACGGGGAUUGAAGGAAGUCUCUGAAAAUUUAUUUCACAGAGAUUAAAAUGAAGUCUCUGUCCAUUUAUUUUACAGGGAUUAAAGGAAGUCUCUGACCAUUUAUUUCACAGGGAUUAAAGGAAGUCUCUGACCAUUUCUUUCACAGGGAUUAAAGGAAGUCUCUGACCAUUUCUUUCACAGGGAUUAAAGGAAGUCUCUGAACAUUUCUUUCACAGAGAUUAAAAUGAAGUCUCUGACCAUUUAUUUUACAGUGAUUAAAGGAAGUCUCUGACCAUUUAUUUUAAAGGGAUUAAAGGAAGUUUCUGAACAUUUCUAUCACAGGGAUUAAAUGAAGUCUCUGGCCAUUUCUUUCACAGGGAUUAAAGGAAGUCUCUGACCAUUUCUUUUACAGUGAUAAAAAUGAAGUCUCUGACAAUUUAUUUUACGGGGAUUAAAAUGAAGUCUCUGACCAUUUAUUUUACAGGGAUUAAAGGAAGUCUCUGACCAUUUCUUUCACAGAGAUUAAAAUGAAGUCUCUGACAAUUUAUUUCACAGGGGUUAAAGGAAUUUUCUGACCAUUUAUUUUACAGGCAUUAAAGGAAGUAUCUAAUAUUUUUUUUCACAGGGAUUUUAAAAAAAAAUCUACUACAUUAUCGUAAUGUAGAAAUUGACAUUCAAGUAUUAAUUGUUUUAAAGACAACUAUUCAAUUCAAUGGUUGUAAUUUAAUGUUAUAUUGAUGCUCGGAGACGUUCGUAAAAAGAAGUAAAAUAAAAUACUGUAAAAUAGGAAACUAGCUCUCACUUACACAAACAACUUUCAUGGUCUGAAAUAGUUAUGAUGUAUUCAUUCAUUCAGCCAUCACGCGCAAACUGGUGACAGAUCUGCUUCUUUUGGACUUUCUGAAGAGUCACGGUAUCACUUAACAUCGUCUCAAGUUUCAUUAUUAUUUGGAGGUCGUUUUCAUUUUAGUAGUUACUUGAAAUUGGAAUUGGUAGCUUUAAAAAAAAAAUACGACCCUGCCAUUCCCAACGAUGUGACUUGAUGUGAGCACUGGUCGGUUUGAACAAAUACGACCAAGUCAUUUCCAGCGACGUGCCUUAAAAUUAUCCUAAUUGGAUUUUAAAAAGAAAAGAAAACAAAAACAAAAAACAUGAAAAAUCUAUUCCUAACGAUGUAACGUUAUGUGACCCCUGCUGGAUUAAAAAAAAAAAGCCCUUCCCAACGCCGUGUCAUUAGAUUUUCUAUCUUGUUAACACUUGGUGCAAUCCUGCAUUGACGAUUUUCUUUUGCAGUAACAUUCAAUCCUUCUUUGGUAAACUUUUUGUCUUUAAAAACUUGCAGCUAUCGUUCUAAUGUGUAAUUGUUUGUUCAACCCUGUUAUCCAUAUUGGGUGACACACAAGACAGUCAUAUUUUCUAAACUAGUAUUUUAAUUAGUGUUGGAGCUGAGAUUGCUAGAUGUUUAUAUCCAUGUAAAAAUUACAAAUACUUGACACAAUUUUAACCACUGCCCCGAGUUAUUCUUUUGUUUUUUUAGUUAAAUUUAACAUUUCGUGGAUCGGCCUACAAAUUCAUUUAAUAAACUUUUGACGCCUUGUACAUUUUUUUCUUACAAUGCGUCCACCGUAUAGCUAAAAGUGUUGAUCUAAGUAACUCAUAUGAACUGAAGACAUGGUAGCUAGUGAACAAUGUAAGUGUCAUCUUACAAAUUUCUGAACGUAGUGUGGCUCAUACAUGCCUUUUUUACCGACCCAAAUGUGUAAUUCUAUAAACACUUUAUGAAGAUCACACUAGGGGUGAUUCUUUAGUAUAAAACAAGUCAAGUUUUAUUCGUUCCAAGACUGGGUCAAUUGGCAUUGGUUUUUAAAUAAUCAAAUGUUAUUAUUUUGCCAUUAGGAUGAGAAGAAAUCUUACCACUACUGAUAAGUGUGUAUCAUGUAUCAGAUCAAUUCAUGUAUGAACAUGAUGUGCGCAUAACUUGUCAGUAGAUGAUGGCGAUAUAAAUACAAGAAAUAAUUGAUUUUAAAAUUAAUAAAACAAAAAUUCAUGCAUCUUUAUUUAAGGUAAUUAAAGGAUCCAACUGAAUCCCACGUGUGUUGAACAGUUAGGUUAACAUGCCUAAUUGGACGUCUAAAUUCGCCGAUCACAUCAGAUAUGCAAAAUAUGGGUCAAAAUUGAAGGACAUGUAGCUUGAAUUGUUCUCGUGUUAACCGAGGGACAGUUCAGUGCGGCAAUGGAAUUCAAGUAAAACAAAGAAAGAAUUUCAGUGUGAUAUACGGCUGAAAAAAUCUAGUGUUAAAAACUUUUCAGAGUUUUUGCAGAAUUUGUGCCGGCAUGUAAAUGAUGUGUGCCUACCAUAACGUAUGCAAAAUUACAACGUAAUUGUAGGAGGAGUCUUAAAAUGGAUGAACUAGAGAAACAUUUCGAAAUGAAUAGCCGCAAAUAAAGGCAGUAUUGGAUGAUGGCAUUUACAAAUCAAUGUUUUUGUCAGCAAUGCAUAGCAGAUGUAGUACCUGAAAUCAGCGAACCAGACAUUUUAAGUAGAUCUUUUCUAAUCCACUAGAUAAAAGGCCAUGACAUAUUUUUGAAUGUUUGCCCUGAGGCUGACUAAUUCCAAAUCCUACAAGUAACGAGUACCUCAUGUAUUACUCUAUGGCAAGGAUGUAAUAACCUGAAUGUGGCAAAUGGAACUACAGAAGUUUUGCAAUGCGGUGCUGGAGUCCAAGACGACACUACAGAAGUUUUGCAAUAAUGUGCUGGAGUCCAAGAUCGCACUACAGAAGUUUGCAAUGCGGUGCUGGAGUCCAAAUGACACUACAGAAGUUUUGCAAUGUGGUGCUGGAGUCCAAGAUGGCACUACAGAAGUUUUGCAAUGUGGUGCUGGAGUCCAAGAUGACACUACAGAAGUUUUGCAAUGCGGUGCUGGAGUCUAUGCAAUCUGCUUUAAAAGUUUAAUUUUUAUUUUUGAUAUACCGGAUGUGUCAUAUUGUCCCAAAAGAUUGUCGCUCUAUAUUUUUAUCAGCGUCUAUAAAUUAAAAAGGAAAACGUAUUUUAUGUAAUUUUCUUUAACUCAUUUAAGAUCUUAAGAUCACAUUUCAUUGAAAUAUUUCAAUUAGAAAUCAUUGGAAUAUAAUGGCGUAAUUUGAUACGGUCACAAUCUUGUGUUUUCUAUCUUUUCCUCACGAGUGCUACAGUGCUCUGUUGUUCACAGUUAUUAUAUCCUCCAACCUUGCGUAAUUUAACAUGACUUUUUUUUUCUGGUCGUGAUAUAAAGUGAAAUCCUUUGAGUGCUGGCAAUUUGUUUAGCUUUGCAGUUUUUAUUGUAUCUGUCAUGAUAUUAAAUAUGUAUAAAGCCUUUUAUUUGUUUCCAUAUAGAAGAAGAUAAUCAUACAAUUUGUGCAAACAAUAACUGUUAUUGUUUUUAUAUGGGUUGCUCUAUUUUGUCUUCUUCUUAAGCUCAUCCUUUUAAUUAUUGAUGUUGUUUUCUUUAAAAAAUAACAUCUAAAACAUUUUCCAUCAAUUAGUAAAAAUAAUACGUUAGAUAGUUUUGCUUGUUCAAUUUUCAAAUUAUAAACUUUCUUAAAGGAAUAAAAAGAUUUAUUAUAAUUAUUACUCUAUAUUUGCAGGCUUCAAGUAAAAUUAUUUUUUAUGUGCCUAAAGUGUUUUUAGUAAUUCGAAGGAAUAUGUGUAAAAUAAACUUAAAUAUCAAAUUUUCAAUAAUUUUCAGAAGCGAAUGAGAUCAAUGUUAUAAUGAUCGUUGGAAUAACUACCGGCUUAGUGGUUGCCGUCUGUCUUGUGUCAGUCGUAAUUAUUUUGGUGAGAAGACACACAAAGUCACACGAUGAAAGGUGAGGUCAAUAGAUAUGACUGUGGGCAAACAAUGGGUAUUUAACUCUUUUUUAAAAAUCUUUUUGUGUGUGUCCAGAAAUGGUUUAUCGAGGACUAAUAUGAUGUUUUAAUCUGCUAAGAUUACAAUAUGGCUGUGGGAUAUUCAUCAUCUUUGUGAUCCAUUGUACUUUUAGACACGUGCACUUAUGUCUGUGGCCAUGGUAAAGAAUUUAUGAAAUCUCUUCAAAGGAUCUUUGUUGGUAUAUAGGGUGCUGGUUUAGUCUGGUAUUUUUAGCAGAUUGAUUAGGUGUAAGUCUUGAAGUGGUCGGCAGGGAAAAGGGUAACGUGUUACUUGGAUGUUUGCAGAGGAUGGUACACACAAUGUUUAAAUGAUUUUUAUGCAUUUAAGGUAGGAAUUAAGUUGUAUGUGUCUAGUGCGGAGGUGAAAUAUUAUGGCCUGUUCUAGUCUGAUAGAUAUUUAAUGAGCAAUAUGAAUAGGGUAGAACACAAUGAUGGAACUUGUUUGAAGCUCUUCUUCCAGGACGCACUUUAAUGACGUGGAAAAUACAUCUAUGACACGCUUUGAUCAAGUGGCCACUACUUCCAUAAAAAACUUUGAUUAGUUGGCCACUACUUUCAGGACACACUUUGAUGAGUUGUUCCUAGACACCAAUAGAUGCGAUCGCUAAUUAUUAUUUCUGAAUGCUUUCGAAAAGGAUGUGGCCUGGGAUGCAAGAUCUUGUGAUAAAAACUCUUGUGAUACAACCUUCUUGAUUCGUUUGAUUUUCCACAAACUUUAUUUUGCAGGAUGUUUAAAAAUGUGAUUAAGUGUGUGCCCGUCGCGUAUUUUUUAAAGCCUGCCCUGGUUGCUGUCAACCUACGCCGCCUUAGGUGCUGACAAGCGAUACUGGCAUUAAUAGUCUUUUUUGUUUUCAAUACGAUGAUAAUUACUAGUUUUGUCUGUGGCUUUCCAUCCCAUUCAGAUACAGAAGCUGCAUACCAACAGGGACAUUUAUCGCGGUGUGUCCACGUUUAGCACUAGGAAGUUUUCAGUGUUCCACAAUCGCUCAGUCAUGUGGUCCAGGCAUGAUUCAAUAUUUUCCUAUUCCCCGCCACCUAUUCUCCCGUGCCACUUCUAUUCUUACUUGUAGUUUAAGGCCAUGUGUGUACAAGACUAAGCAUUGUCACGUCAUGGGUCAAUUGUUUCUGUGCGAGGACAUUCGUGAUCUUACGGAGAGACACUAUCCAUUUCAUAUCACGACUUGUCAAUCUUGUACAUCGAUGAGGAUCCAUUUUUUUUACAGACACAAAAAGUGUUCUUAAAAGACGUAGAAGAAAGACUAAGAGAAGAAAAUUACCUAAGUGGGAGUAGUGGCAGAUUUAGAGUAACAUGACAUGUUUUACACUUUGCUAUUUGACGGGAGCCCACAAAAAGAAUAUUCAUUAUUGUUUUGGCUAUUGUGCAAUUCGUAAAUUAUUCAAUGUUACAAACUAAGAGAUGUGAGAGUAUUUACACUUCUACAAACAUGAGUACGUUGCAAAUACAACUCUUAAAAGAUGAAACUUUAGAGAAAGAGCCAAAUACGAUCCAAAGACAUUUUAAAUUAAAUAGCGCUGACGUCAAACUAAAAAAGGGGUUUCUUGAGACAAUGCGCAAAGUUGAAACACAAAAAACGUAACAAAUCUGCGCCCCGCAGAGUUCUUGUACACCCGGGCUUUAAAAUGUUCUUGUACACCCAGACUAUAAAUUGUUCUUGUACGCGCGGACUUUCAAAUGUUCUUGCAUACGCUGACUACAUAAUGUUCUUAAUUCCCUUCAGUAACGAAUUGCAUUUAUUUAUUUAGGCAUUUUUUACAUAGCGUUUACAUUAAGGCUCUAAGCGCUUUACAAUUAUUAAAAACAUGUAAACUAAGUAAAAUAAAAAAAUGAGACACUAGGAUAGUAACUACUAUACUAUAGAAACAAUUAAAAUGUCUAUAAAACGAGAACACUUUGGCACGUUUUUGCCUAUUCUACCAGUAUUAUUUUGGGCGGAGUUAUUGCUGCAAUGCAAAAGUUGGAAGCUCAUAACAAUUUCAAUUUCAUAAUUAACCAUGUACUUGUAUCAUUUCAUCGUCCAAAAUACAGUACGGGGAUAUCGCAAAUCUCUGGACUGAAGUCACUAAGCAAGAAUGAGAAAAGAAGCGAAAACCCAGGCAAUGUGUACAAGCCAAUGGCAGUGACCUCAACUGCACGACAACACAGUGGAGGAAGCCCAAAAUCUCAAAUUCAGUCAGAAAUUGGUAAAACAAGAAUUAAUUUUGUUUAGAAUACUCCUGGAACUUGCGUUAUGCAAUGAGCAAACUUCUUCUUGGAGCCAUUUUAUGCACAAUGUGUAUUUUAGUUGGGGCCCAUCUAGUCAUUUUUGAUGGGACAAACUUGUGUCUAUUCACAAGCUAUAGCCCGCUAUCUACUCCAUUCACAUGCAUAUUACAUAAGAAUUCUAAAUUGUCCUAAGCCACUUCCACCAAAGUGCAAAUUUUGUUCGCGCCCCUGAAACCAAUUAAUAUAAUGUCUCCCCAUCACCUUUGUUUUUGUUGCUUUUGGUAUCAGUCCAUCACAAUGUGACGAUGAUGUAAAGUUCCCAGGACAAAAUCAACAGAGUCUGGGAUAUUAUUUUCACAAUUAUAAUCUGAUUCCCUUUACAGCUAAUUGCCUUACUGGAUAACCCAAGUGAACAUCAUUUGUGGAUGAUUCAGCUUGACAACAGUGGCGUCGCAGGUUUUGUUGGAAUACUUCAUUGUGUCAAUGUUCUCCGCUUAGGGAUUACAUCUCCAGGUUGUUAAUUCAGAGUUUACUUCUCUCAGAGGAGAUACCAUCACAGUUUACACCGAAACCUGUCCGCCCGAGGUCCUGAUGUUGUUUGACUGGGCUUUGGUCGGGAUUUCACUCCAGAUCACCAAAUGAAGAUUUGCUCAGUUUAGAACAAUCGGCCACACAAUACCCAUCCUCCUUUAAACCGCAAAAUUAUUACAAUCAAAAGAAAUCAUAUUUAAAUUGAUGCUAUUUCCGUAUAGAGUAGUAAUUUUUACAUAAAAAGACAUACACAUGUAGUUUUUGUUUGUUUUUGUUAUUUUUCGUUUUUUUUUUUGUGGGUGGAAAGGGUCUGAGUAAUAAUGAUUCUUUUAAGGUUACUUGUAUAUAUGUUUUUUUUUUAAUUUUUGAGCCCCCUACCCCCCCCCCUCCAAAUUAUUUUUUUUUAAAUUUUAAAAAGGUUUUAAAUUUUAAAAAUUUUUUAAAUUGAUGCUAUUUCUUUAUAGAGUAGUAUUUUUUACAUAAAAAGACAUACACAUGUAGUUUUUGUUUGUUUUUGUUAUUUUUCUUUUUUUUUUUUGUGGGUGGAAAGGGUCUGAGUAAUAAUGAUUCUUUUAAGGUUACUUGUAUAUAUGUUUUUUUUUUAAUUUUUGAGCCCCCUACCCCCCCCCUACAAAUUACUUGAUUUUAAAUUUUAAAAAGGAUUUAAAGUUUAAAAAUUUUUUUAAAAGAAUUUUCAAUUUUUUAUUGUAAUUUUUUUUCCACAGUUGAUGAACCCGUUUACGAAGAGAAUGAUUCCCAAGAACAAAUCUAUCUGAACAACGGGGCGUUGCAAACUCAAGACAACAUAUCCGAUAGUGAGGCUAACGAUGAGUUAUACGUGAACACUGAUGUCGUCAAUGACUUGAGCACAGAUCUCUUGGCAAAUGACGAGAUUUAUGCAAACAAUUGCUUCAUAGGUCACAGUGACACAGAUUUGACAACGGAUGAAGAUACCGUCUAUGGCAAUGUAUUUUAUCCAAGAAAUUAAAAUACACAAGAAUAAAAAGAAGUAAAAAACAAAUUAUGUUCGAGCAGGCCAAUCAAAUUAAAUAUAAUUCCAUUACCGAUUUAAGGAUCAGAGCCUAUGUAACUAUCAAGCAGUAAUGAUAUCUUUUUUUUAAAUACUGAAAUAUUCUUGUUAGUUACAAUAUUGUAAAUGCGGUGUUAAAAUUAUACUAUUAGAUUUAGAUUCAACUGGGAAAUAUUUUGUUAAAUGUUAGAACUAAUUUGUAUUAAAAUAUUACACAUAUUAUUUAUUUAUUGCCAAUGGUUAUGAUUCAAAGCAAGAAAUGUUUUCUAUUUCUUGCAAAUAAAAAAUAAAUGUAUCUUUAUCCCCGAUAACAACUUCUUAAAGGCCCAUUAGACAAAGGGAAAAGGUCUUUAAUUUUAUUUUUAAUUUAUUUUUUACCGCAAACCAGGAUUACUUGAAGGAAAUUGAGAAAUAGAUUUUGAGAUCUUAUGAGGUUUAGAUCGUGUCUGUUGUUAAAUUGAUUCACAAAGUAGAGACAGGCCGACAACUCGAUAGAAAGAAAUACUAUUUAAAAGAUAAAAUGAAUGGUAAAAACGCACGAUUUAAAAGAAAAAGCUCUGAAUAUGUUAAGCUCUUAAACAAUCCCGUACACAAUGCCAUGUGAUACCGUGCAUCAGAAAUAAUGCUUAACAUACAUUUUUUUUUUUUUUUUUUUAAUUUAUUCAUCGAUAUUGAAAUUAGCAAUGGACUAAAGAAUUGAUCACGUUCAAACUCUGUUCUGUUAGGCUAUUUCAUUAUUUAUUCUUUUUAAUUAAACAAUCCCGUACACAAUGCCAUGUGAUACCGUGCAUCAGAAAUAAUGCUUAACAUACAUUUUUUUUUUUUUUUAAUUUAGUCAUCGAUAUUGAAAGUAGCAAUGGACUAAAGACUUGAUCACGUUCAAACUCUGUUCUGUUAGGCUAUUUCAUUAGUUAUCCUUUUUAAAAUGAUUUUUGAAACGUUAAUCAGCAGACGUUUCAUUUUGUCGGUGAUCUUCAGCAUUUAACGCCCAAAAGCUCUUCUUUCACUAAAAGCUUUUCUUUUCUUUUUUUGCCCCUUACAGCCUGAUUGCUAAGUAAUUAUACCUUUUUGAUAGUAAACCUUCUAGCCUGAUAUCAAUUAGUUUUAACAUUAUACUUAACAUUAUUUUGAUCUAAAACUUCUCAAAUAGUAAAUGUUUGUCAAAAAAUAAAUUUUCAACAACUACAACAAAAAAUAUAAACAUUUGAAAUAGAAUGAAAGUAUAUAAUCAUGUUUUUUAAAUGAUUCAGGCAUAUAUAAACUUGUUCAUGGCAUUUAAACGAUAGAAAAAGCAAUUUUGGAUUUUAAAAAAAAUAUUUGUUUAUAUUCACUCCUACAACCGUGAACUUAAUAACAAUUCAGUCAGAGUUGUCUUACAAGGCUGCUUUCUAUAUGUUUGUCUUUUACAAAAUUAAUUUAAAAAUUACCGUGUAAAUGCUAAAUUUAAUAAUUCUAUACAAAUUGUAAUUUUUACUCUUCUGAAAAAAAAACAACAAAUUGAAAGAUGUUACUUUCGGGUUGAAUUCCAGAUUAUAUCAACUUAAUGAUUUUCAAAUGUUAUUUUAAUUGAUCUAAGCCAUAAGUCUCUUUUAUUAGAAUUACAGACUAUAAUGGUAUGAAAAUAUCUUGUUAAAACAUAUGGUAGUAAACCUGCUAUAGAAAACCUUAAACAGUAAAAUACUAAAGUAAACCUACUAAAGUAAACUUACUGAAUCAUGUUUUAGAUGACGUUCAUAUAUUUAAAAUGUAAGUUUAAACAGUUGAGGGGCGGUGUCAGAAAAUAAGUUGGUGAGAUAUUCUUUUGCUGCCAUCUUGGAUGCUACUUUUCGGCUAAGUGCUAUUAUUUUUAAAAUCUGGUUUUCUGUUGUUGUUCGAUGACAAAGUCUUCCUGCUGACAGGUUCGUUGUUUCGUUGUGUUACGUUUUUUCAGUACUUUCUUCCAAUACAUUGUUUUAUUCAUUUUCUUUUGAGCUCACCUUUGCAGUCUGUCCCUUAUGACAUUCGUUAACUAAUUGUAAAAAGUGGUAGACUGCGAUAAAGCUUUAAAAUAGAUUAAUAAGACACGAACAAAUUGUGUCAAUAGAACAAUAUGAGUUGGCUUUAAUAAUAAUUAUACAUUAUACACAAUUAAACGUUUCGGCACAUGCCUUCAUCAGUAUCAACAAACAAAACACAUUUAAAUAAGUAUAAAUUAAAUUUACAUACUAUCAAUAUACAUAUCCUACCUAAAACAGAACAAAUAUAGGGGAGGGCGCUAAAACCAGACAAAAACAAAGUAAAGAGAAGUAAAAAGGAAGUGAUUUUAUCAUAAUUGGAAAAACCAAACAGGAAAAAGACCUGGCAGCUAAGUAAAACUAUGGAUUUGGUUCAAUCCAUAUGGAGACAACGUACCAAAUCUAGUUAUUAAUUUGUUCUCCAUAUAGAUUAUAUCUGCAGUAUUACAAGUAUAGAGUGUACCAGUAACUACAAUAUCUGAGAUACCAUUAUGGUUGGGGCUAUUGAAAUGUUUGGAGACCGGACAGAGAGCGUGUUUAUUUAUGUUAUAGAGGUGCUCUCUGAAACGGUCCCCAAGGCGACGACCUGUCUCUCCUAUGUAUAGUUUACCGCACUUUUUGCAAAUAAUGGUGUAAAUCACAUUCGGAAUCACUUAUAUGUUUUCCAUUUAAAAAUAAACAGUUGUAGGAAUACAUACAUAUUGAUGUCGCUUUUUUCUUUUGCAUAAACUGAACCAAUUACUUGAAUAUGUAUAUGAGUCUGAACAAGAGUUAAUGUAAUAAUAUAUCAAAUCUAUGAUUUAUACUUCUUUUUUUAACUUUUUUUUUUUACAAAAAUUAGCAAUAUUAAAUAAUGUUUACAUGUACGUAUAUCUACAAAAAUAAAAAUAUUGCAGAACCUGGG